UCCCUUUGGAUCAGAUGAUUUGCUAAGCUCCAGUUGGUUCUCAACUCUGCUGCAUAUCGGGGUUCUCUUUUUUUUCUCACUCUACUGCUUGAAUGUGUUCUCGAUGGCCGAUUCUCUCCUAAACCACUCCUGGCCUUCCUUCUCCAAGUUCUGGAUGAAAAGAUGGUCUUUCAAAAGAGCUUCAGAAAAUAAACCAUGUACACGACCAAGUGCUCCGGUCUCAGGGAUGAGAUCUACCUCCUCACCUUCACCUGACAGCUUGUUCAGCAGCACAACUGAGGAUCAGAAUUCCUGUUUAGCUGAAAGCGACUUUUUGGACCUGAGUUUUUCUCUGAGAGACUCAGAGUACUUUAAAGACCUGCAGGCCAACACUGGUGGGGAGUGUAACCCUUCUGAGAGCACCCCAUUCACACUGCACUGCGAAUCGUACGUAGAUCUCUCCGUGUCCCACAGGAAGAUGAACCUGCUUUCUGAUCCGGAAGAUCAGGUAGACUCGACAGAGGGUUUGGACAAAAUGAGUGUGGAUGAUUUGGACAGGGAAAAUUUUCCCAUCCUGGUCAGGUCUAUGUCGACCUCGCGGAGACACAGCUCGGAUGUCCCACUGAAUCCGCUUGACCUGGGGAGAAGGUUUAGUUUGGACACCAGAAGUAUAGACAGUGAUGGGGAGCAUGAUGAUCAGAGCCGGUCUCAGAGCUCGGUGGAGGAGUUCACUACAUCUGGAGAAACAGAGAACACCAAAACCCUGCAACCGUCCACCACGGGGAGAAUGGUGUAUUCUCGAUCUGAGAUUGUGUCGUCAGAUGAGAAGUUUCGAGCUGAGAGGGUCUCACGCAUUCUGGAAACUUCUAAAGAGGCAGCCCGAGUUUCUGGAGAGGAACAUGACUCAGAUGAGAAUUUGCGCUCUGCAGAAGGCCAGUCUCACAUGCUGAUGGUACAAAAAGUUCUUCAUGAGCUUAAGCUGUAUCAUUGGGCCAAUCGCAGAACUUCAACUGCUGACCGAAAAGAAAAUGUCACCUGGUAUGAAUUUCUCUCAAUCGAGAAUGAGGAGGAGGAGGAGAAAGUGGAGAGGGCAGAGAAGGGCACAAAGGUCAAGCGCACCCUGAGCUCGCUAAAGAACCGAAUGACUGGAUCCUUCAACAAAGAUAAGGGUAAGACCCGUGAGAAAGAGCAGCAGAAAGAGAGAGACAGAGAGAGGGAAAAGGAGAAAGAGAAGGAGAAAGAGAGGGAAAGAGAGCUGAAGGAGAGCACUUGUGUGGUUAGCAGCAGCUGUAAUGGGCACCAGCUUGUGCGUGGCUUUUUUUCGAGCCGAGCCACAUGCUCACUGUGCAGCAAAACCCUGCAGAGGAAGCAUGGCCUGGAGUGUGUCAAUUGCGCUGUUAACGUUCACAAAAGCUGUAAGAGUCUCCUGCCUGAGUGCAGCAACAGUAAGAACAAGAGUAAAGAUUUUGCCCAGAAGAGCCAAGCAGCCUGUAGUCAAGCUUCGAGGGAGCAGUGCUUCGCCACAGAUGGAGCCAUCCGCCCGGCUACAGGAAUGACCAUCCUGCCACGAGGAGCCAGCGGGCAGCAGAACGCUCACAGCACCACUCACUCAAUCAGCCACACCAGCAGCUCCAGCUCUAUUACAGGAGAAAUGGAUGAAGUAGACGCGUUCAGAAUUAAACGGCACACCGACGACACCAUCUCCAUCGCUCCAUCUACAGCCGAAUCCGCCAUCGUUGAAGAUGCAUACUACAGCAGCGUGCGAGCCGAGCUGGACUCGAUGGCUCAGGACUACGAGGUGGAGUCGUGGAGUUUGGCUGUAGAUCAGCAUUUCUUAAAGAAACAUUCCAAAGAAGUGAUCAAGAGACAGGACGUGAUUUACGAGCUGAUCCAGACAGAAAUGCACCACGUGCGCACGCUGAAGAUCAUGAUGAAGGUGUACGUCUGCGAGCUGCGUGAGACUCUGCAGCUGGAAGAGCGCAGACUGGACUGUUUGUUCCCGCAGUUGGAAAGCCUGCUGGAUCUACACUCAAAUUUUCUGUCUCGUCUCAGAGAGCGACGGCAUGAAACGCUGGAGCCGGGGAGCGAACGCAACUACAUCAUCCAUAGUGUGGCAGACAUCCUCAUUGAGCAGUUUUCAGGUGAACUCGGGGAGAGAAUGAAGGAGAGCUACGGCGAGUUCUGCAGUCACCACACCGAAGCCGUCAACAGCUACAAAGAGCAGCUGCAGAACAAGAAAUUUCAGAACCAUAUAAGGAAAAUAAACAACUUGACCAUCGUGCGACGGCUCAGCAUUCCUGAGUGCAUCCUGCUCGUCACGCAGCGCAUCACCAAGUACCUCCUGGUGGAGCGCAUGCUGCAGUACACAGAAGCUGACACAGAGGAACACAAGGAGUUGUCACGAGCUCUGGGCCUGAUCAAAGAGACCAUUACGCAGGUGGACACUUGGGUAAAUCUGUACGAGAAGGAGACACGCCUCCGAGAGAUCGCUGCCAAGAUGGAGCCCAAAGCGUUCGGCAAGAUUAAAGACGGUUGCAUCUUCAGGAGGGAGGACGUGACGCAGGGCAGGCGGAGGCUGCUGCACGAGGGCAUGGUCAACUGGAAGGCCGCCUCUGGCAGACUGAAGGAUAUCCUCGCUGUGCUGCUCACAGACGUUCUGCUCCUCCUGCAAGACAAGGACCAGAGAUACGUCUUCUCUGCUGUGGACGGGAAGCCGUCAGUCAUCUCUUUGCAAAAACUGAUCGUCAGAGAGGUGGCACACGAGGAAAAGGCCAUGUUCCUCAUCUGCGCCUCCUCCAACGAGCCCGAGAUGUACGAGAUCCACACGUCUUCUAAAGAAGAGCGCAACACCUGGAUCAAGCACAUCCGCCAAGCCGUGGACAGCUGCCCUCACACAGAGGAGAGGCUCGUUACUGAAGAAGAUGGAGCGAGACAGCAGCACUUCAAAGAAAUUCAAGAACAUCUAACUGUGAAGGACGCUCAGAUCAGGCAGGCUCUCACGGAAAAGCUGCGGCUGUACGCUGACCUGGUCGAGUGCGCAGGGGUUUUGGAGGACACAGGAACUCGCCGUCAUCUUCUGCUUCGGGGAGAUGUCUCGGAGCUCCUGCAGGGGGAGCAGUUGCUCAAGGGAGCUAUUACAGAGGUGGAGAACCUGCAGAACAUUCUGGUGUCCAGUUCGAAAGGUGUUCCCCAGACUGAGGAGAAUCCGAGUCCCAGCUCACUGCCAAAAAGAGCGGGGACGUUCGGGGGCUACGACAGCACCGUCAGUGUACUGCAGAAGAACGGCAGUGUGAAGAAACACUCGACUGGAGCAGGAAAAUCCAGAGACAGGAGUCAUAGAGCCAGUUCAGACCCUCAGCUUAAAGAAAUGUGUGCCAGUCAAGGAGUCGAGGCUGAUAACAUUUCUUCCCCCAGCUGGAAUAUGAUCUGCUCUAGAUUUCCAAGCACAGAGUUCUCUGACCGGGUUCUCCUGCUUUCCCAGCAGCUCUACAGUCUACAGGCCGUUGUCUCUCAACAGGACAGCAUGAUUGAGCUGCAGCGGGCAUCUCUGUUCUCAGUCGAGCGCCAGCGGGGCACGGACGUGCUCCUCGAGCAGGAAAAACAGAGGAACCUGGAGAAGCACCGCGAGGAGAUGGCUCAUUUCCAGCGUGUCCAGGCGCAGCAGCAGCAAGAGCAGGAGCGCUGGGAGCGCGAGCGGGCGAGGCAGGUGAAACAGAACGAGGCCGAGCAGCUCCGGCUGCAGGAGCGAGAGGACGCGUGCAGGAAGCUGGAGGAAAGACUAGCGCAGGAGAGACUAGAGCUGCAGAGCCAGAGGCAGAAAUACCAGCAGGACUUGGAGAGGCUGCGAGAAUCCAUACGGGUUGUGGCGAGGGAGCAAGAGAAGCUCGAGCAGCAAAGGAAGAUGAAGAAACGGAAUACGGCACCCAUCACGGCAACAACCUACGGCUCUGACACAGUGCAGCUCCCCAUGUCCUCCAGUUUUAACGGCGACCUCCUGAUAAACUCCGGACCGGAUUCCUUCCUCCAAACGCCCUCUCAGCUCCGCUCCAGCACCUCGUUGUCUCCCGCUGAUUACUCUGAGAGGGCAGAACUGCCCCUCCCGCGCCGGGAGAGUAGCGCCACCAUGCCCGCCAAAACCGAGGUACCCAUCCACCUGGUCAGCACCACUAACCAGCUGCACAAGCAGGGUGGAGUCCAGCAGCAGAUCCCCACCAAGCUGGCAAUGCUGAAGAGCAAGGACAAGAGCAGCAAAAUCAAAGGCUCCCAACGCACAGAGAGCUCAGCUUCAGUAGACAUGAAGCACAUGCUCUCUCAGAAACUGUCGUCUCGAGAACCUGAGAGUUCUUUUAAAGCUCGCCGCUCCACCAGUCCACACCAGCAGCUUUCGCUUGCUUCGCCUCCGAUUCCAGAUUCCCCCAUUGGAGAUAAAUACACCCCCGAGCCUGGGAAGGCACAGAGCCUCCUGAAGUCCUAUCCUCUCCCUGACGACAAAGACAAGGAGGAAGUUGUCAUGCUUUAGUGUGUGCUGGGAUACAUCACAAACAUCAGUACAUGCUGGGAUGCACAGCACAGAGCUUCACAUGAGGAUCAAGGGUUGCUACCUUUUUUUUUUUUUUUUUAGUUCCCUGGAGGAAAAAAAAUCUUACAGUUUUUAGAGCUUGUCAGUAGCAUUUCCUUACUUUUUAAUAGAAGAACCAGAUAAAAAAAAGGAUGACUAGUUCUUAGUGAGAGAAAUACAAUCCCAGAGGAGGCAACUGAAAUGAAGUGAGCAGGGCGUGCUCUUCCUGCCAGACUUAUUCCGAAACGUCACAGAAGGAUUUUCCGCAUGUCUCGGAUCAGAAAAUGGAAAAAAAGUUUUUGAAAAUAAAUGAGUGCUGUUAUGUUUAUGAAGGAAA